AUGGUUUAUGGAAAGAUCAACGAGUUCACGUUACUCGGCCAGCUAGAGGCUGACAUUGGUGCUUUGAAUGGAGUAUUUUAUUGGUCAAAUCAGAUAAUAUACAGUCAUCCAAAACCCUUAGUUCUUAUAAUCGAGGUCUGGGAAGUAUUAGUACAGGGCCUCAUCGCUUUCGUAGUUGCUAUUAUUCUCCUGAAAGGAACUUAUCAGCGAAAUCCCAAAUACGUCAAGCUGUGGGUGUAUUUCUCCACUGUUACGUGUGUAGUAGACUGCCUCAUGGUUACACUGUUGGCGAUCCACGACGUUUUCUAUCUUAUUACCUUACUUAUCGUUCCGUUGAAUAUUUACAUCAUUUUGGUAGUCUACAGUUUCUACAGGGAGCAGAUCCAGGACCCAAACCCCUGCUAGAGAGUUCAUACGGAGAGCCAUGUACUCGUAUAUACAUUACCAAUAACUUUACAACUGUAUCUGACUAGAGUUAGAGUUAUACUAGUGUGUAUUACAAAAUCAAUAUGUAUUUUCAACGAAAAUAUGGUUUUAAUUAAAUAUUUGUAUUAUUAUUUUACGGGUUUUAUGUAUAUUAACGUAUUAGAUAGUACAUCACAGUCUAAAAUUAAAAUAUUCUAUCAUAGU